AUUGAAAGUAAUUUCAGGGAGUAUUGAAUUUGAUUUUAGAUGCCUAUUUUCUUUCAUCAGUAAGAAAUAAUGAUCAGUUAUUAAGGAUGAUUAGUUCAUCUGCAAGUGUCGACAGUUUUUUUUGGAAAAAAUCGCAGUAUUUGUAAGAUGUUAACGGAUUUUAAUUUCCCCCCGAUUUCACCGGCCAUAAUACCAUGCCGGUUUUGAAAAUCCGUUGAGUAACAUUGAAAAUACUGGUUCAUCAAAUCAAAAUGUAAUGGUUAGAUAACUUUAUAGUAAUUCAUACAUUUAUUGUUGUUAUUUACCAUCUUUAGAAGUAAAUGUUAUGUUUUGUUGUCUUAUAGCAUGGUCGAUUCUCGUUCUUGGUGGGGCAUCAUCGGGAUUCGAUAUAAUCUGAUAUUAUUUAGUGUAAACUCUGUUGUAUAAUAGAUAACAUAAUAUUUUAAGGCAAUUUGUCUCAUGUUGCUUCGUUUCCGUCGUUAAUGAUAUUGUACACAUGACAAGCGUGAGGGCCUCGAACACGGCUGUCUUGCUCAAGUCCCUAAAGUAAAAUGUUUGUUAAUUUGCGCUUUUAAAGAAAAGUGACAAUAAUGAGUGGCCCCUUUCUUAUUUACGCUAAUAUUUCAUCGAGUUAGCCAUAUGCUCACAUCAGUCCUUUUGAGUUGUAGUAUAAUCCACAAUGCCAAAAAGCAAAACAACUGCUAGACUCCCAGGUAGGAGGCCUUCACGGAGACCAGCCAGAUUCACUCGGGAUAACGAGACUGAUGUUCAGGUGGAGGGGGAACAACCGAGGGAGCCCUCGCAGGCAGCCGGCAACUCUACAUUGUCUGAGGAGACUCUAGAUACCAUCGUUGAGAGGGUGGCCGACCGCGUAACACCGCAACUCAUACAGGCUAUAAGCGCCACUAGGACUAGUACUGAAGUGUCGCAGUCCUCUAUGAUUCUUCAAUCGUCAUGGCUUCCUUCCUUACCAGUGCCGAAUUGGUAAGCGGAAUUUUAGGAACACCUCAAAUGUUUCCAAUAGACUUUGGAUUUUUCCUGACUAGCAACAGGUGAAUGAUCAAUUUAAUGUUGCACAUAUAUAUUUCUUUAUUAAUGCUACUACCCAUAUCAAGGGCUUCUGUUCCCAGAGCUCUCGAGGGUUUUUGGAUCAUAGUAAAUCCAUUUGGAUAAUUUUGCUAUUACCCAUAUCAUGGGCUUCUGCUCCCAGAGUUCAUGAGGGUUAUUGGAAGCCAUGACCUUUAUAGGCCAAUUAAAAGUAUUAAAUUA